AUGUCGACCCCGAGCAGACAGACCGAACACUUCAUCAGCGGGGUGGUGGAAGGUAAGAGGACUGGGACCAGUGACUCAAACUGGAACAGAAAUCAGUUAUAGUGAGAGUAAUAGAUUUAUAUGUGAGCCCUCCUGCUAAGAGUUUUUGUGCAUUUCCUGACCUCAUCUUCCUGAUCCAGGUUUUUAUGGACGACCAUGGACUAUGGAGCAGAGAACAGAGCUGUUUAAAAGGUUUGUGGUCUGUUAAGCUUUCUAGCCUUGCAAUGAAUUUUCACCUCAUAAAAAGCAGAACUGACAAAACUCUGAUGUGGUUUAUGUCUUGUGUGUCACAGAGAGCAGAAAUGGGGUUUGAACACGUACCUGUACGCCCCUAAGGAUGACUACAAACACAGGAUGUACUGGAGGGACCUGUACGCACCUGAGGAGGCAGGUAAGUCAUCCUCAUUACAUCUAAAGGUGAUCUGAACACACCCAAAAACCAAACAUGGUCAGGACCUCAAACAGGACCCAGAAUCUAUUUGCUGAAAAGUCAAUAAUAUUUAUCUAAUCUCAUGCAUGACUGUCUUCCUGUUAAACCACACAGUAUUCAAAUUUUCUCAUCUCCAUUUCUUUCCAGAGCAACUCAUCACCCUGAUAUCAGCAGCGAAAAAACACAAUGUGGAUUUCGUCUAUGCAAUCUCUCCUGGUCUUGACAUUACUUUCUCCAACCCCAAAGAGGUGUCUGCCCUGAAGAGAAAGCUGGAUCAGGUACGAGUUUAUUUGUGUGCAAAAGAUAAUUCAAUCUGAGGUGUUUUUACAACUCUAAGAAGAACAACAACAGGCAAAUAAUAACACUGACACUGAAACAAGUGGUUAAUAUAAGAAAAGGUACAAGUUUCCGAAACAGAAACUUAAAUAACAUGUCACUUUUUCAUGCCUCAUGGAUCCACAAACCCUAAACUGUCCUUUGUCUCCCUCAGGUGAAGGAGUUUGGCUGCAGGUCCUUCUCGCUGCUGUUUGAUGAUAUCGAGACAGAGAUGUGUCCCGCAGAUAAACAGGCCUUCAGCUCUUUUGCCCACGCUCAGGUGUCCAUCACUAAUGCGGUUUACCAGCACCUGGGAGAACCUGAGACCUUCCUCUUCUGUCCUACUGGUCAGACAGUGGGAGAAAACUACAACUGAAUGAAUAUACUUUCCUCAUCUGUGUCUGUGAAGUAACAUUUAUUCUGCUCAUGUCCCUCCAGAAUAUUGUGCUGCAUACUGCACCCCAACGGUUUCCCAGUCCUCUUAUCUGAACACGGUGGGUGAGGGGCUGCUGCCUGGGAUUGACAUACUGUGGACAGGUGAGGCCAGCCAGAGUCAGGAUCCUUUCUUGAUAGGUUUUUACAGCAUAGAAGAAUCAAAAGGUGCUGGUUUUAACUCGCCGUUGCUCGCUCUCUCUUCUCUAUGUUCAGGUCCCAAAGUGGUGUCCCACAAAAUCUCUGUGAAGUCCAUAGAAGAAGUGACCUCUGUUCUGAGGAGGCCACCCGUCAUCUGGGACAACAUCCACGCCAACGACUACGACCCCCAAAGACUUUUCCUCGGCCCCUUUAAGGUCAAUUGAAAAACUCCUCUGAUGGUUUUAUUAGUCUGUAAGUGCUCCAGCCUGGUCUCCUCAUCCUGACUGAUCCAGUCUCUCUUUCAGGACCGUCCCACUGAGCUGAUCCCCAAACUGAGAGGAGUCCUCACCAACCCCAACUGUGAAUUCUACCCGAACUUUGUGGCCAUCCACACACUGGCCACAUGGUGCAAAGCAAACUCUGAGGGAGGACAGAAAGAUGUGGAAAUGGGUGAGGAAACAGCACUGUUUAUUUUUAUUACAAUUAUUUAUUAUUUCAAUUAUUGGAUUUUUUUGGAGAGAUGCACUUGAUUAUGCAACAAAACACUUCAUAACACCCCAUCAAGCGACUUCAUGUUUCAGUUCUGGAGAUAUUUUUCCCUUUAUAACCACAGCAAGGCUUUACGUGCUGAGUUCUCAGUGCAAGUUUUUUAGUGGAACCACAGUAUAGUUGAUAUUUGGAAACACUGGUGUAUGUGCUGUCAAAUGAAGUCCUUACUGUCUCUGACCCCCAUCACCAGCUGAUGAGGAGCAGGACUCGUGCUAUAGCCCCCAAAAAGCCCUGACCCUGGCCCUCACCGACUGGCUGCAGGAGUUUCUGAGCACUGAUCAGCCUGGAGGUAAAGUAUUAUCAGAGCAGCAGGAAAUUUAGUGAGAUACAGUGGAAUCAAGGUGGGUCUAACUUUGGAACACUUGGAUCUCUUCAUCUUUCAAGGUCCUUGUCUCAAGACUGAUCCUAAGAAAGAAUCAUCUGAUGAGGAGCCCAUGCAGACCGAUGUAGGAGAAGGUUCCUAUGUUCCUAGCCCAGAGGAGACUCCACUGUACACAGCAGAACCCCUGACCCUGGAGGACCUGAAGCUGUUGUCAGAUCUUUUCUACCUACCGUAUGAACACGGGCCCACAGCCAGGAGCAUGCUGCAGGAUCUGGACUGGCUGAAGAACAACAAUGCAGCCGCUGCUGCAGAGACAGACAAGGUGGUGUGGCAAUUUGUUCAUUAAAACAGAUCCUGAUACAUUAAAUGGGCUAAAACUUGUACUCUGCUUCCAGACAGUGGAGUGGUGCUCAAGGGCGCAGAAGUUCGAUGACAUGUGUGAGGCUGUGGUGCAGAUGUUCAAUCGCUUAACCAACGCCCCCAACCGCAGGAUCCUGUACGACCUCUACAACUACAUCCGUGACAUCAAGACUGUGGUUGGCCUGGCCCGAGCCUACGUGAAAUCACUAGGUGAGGAGACAAGAGCGUCCUGGUAUAGCAGUGAAAGCUAAAAAUACUCAUGUACACAGUAGGGCUGGGUAUUGCCACUGAUUUCUUGAAUUGAUUUGAUUCACUGAGGGAUAUUUCAGCUUCAGUACUUGUUUUGCUUGAAUAUGAAAGGGAGGCUUGGCCUGGCGUGUCAUGUUGUGUAUUUAAAGUUGUAGGCGUACUACAUGUAGCUUUUUUUGUCUUGCUCAGGAGGACAGGGUCGACCCUCAGCCCAGCUCAUGAACAACGACCCUGAACCCUCAGUAUGCAGAGGAGGCCUGCCUGGAGAGUUUCAGGUAAGUUGUGUCCAAAGAAAGUGAGAAAGUUUUUAUACAAAGUUUGUGAUCAGUCGUAAUAAUUUUGUCGCACUGCUCAGGAAAAAAGUUUUAACUUAUUAGAGCUGUGUAUUAAGACAUGGUCUUUGUUUCUGGAACUCUCCAUGAGUGUGAAUAUUCCUCACUUUUGUUUCUGCAGAGAAUGCUGCCCUGUCAUGGAAACAGAGACCUGUUCAGACAUCCACCCAUGACAGCAGUUUACUGCAUACGGCCAUACUGCCCUGACGACAAGGUAGAGAUAAAACAUCCUCACAGAUUGUGAUCAUCUUAUUUGUUAAAACAAAGUUCUUUGUUACACGUUGUUGUGUAUCUAUCCCAGAUGGAGGUGAAGAAGAUUUUCAGGGAGAUGCAGAGACACCAGAUGGUGCAGCCUGCACUGAUCUGCGACAGGUGAGGAGCUGGUCUCUUCUGUUGUCGUAUAUUUAUGCUCACAUUAUCAUCCCCUCUGUCCCUCUGCAGCCUGUCAGCAGGUGAGAUCUCUCCAGCCCCUCAGUGUGCUCUUGUCCUGGAGGAUGAUAUUGGCAUGUGUGGUUAUGCUCUCGCACUAACUGACGCCAAACCAGCCGCUGCAAAGAUUCAGGUCAUCAUCUGUUUUAUUCCACUGUCUGUAGAAUACAAAAUGAAGAUAGGAUGCAGUGCUGCUCAAAGUGUUUUAUUCUUUUUCAUUCCUCUAGAGGGCUGUAAGUGACUCUGAGUUGAAGGACUUCCCCUCCCUGCUCACCGUACAGGUGUUGCCCCGGGUCACUGAUCCCUCAACAGCCAAGCGUAUGAUUAGUUGGUUGUUGUCCUCCAUCAGGAGCAGCGGUAGGUGGAGACUGAACUUGUUGCUAUUCUUAGAGAGGUCUCAUGGAAUUGACCUGUGGUUAAUUCACAAACUGAGGUUUAACAGUCUGCAUACUCUCCACAAGGAGGCGAUGUCCUGUCAUUAUUGGCUGGGAUAGCUAAACAUUUAAAAACACUGAUAACUCCUCUCUCAUAACUUUAAAGGUUCCAAAGGAGCUUUCUGUGAGCUGAGGCAGAGCGAUCGGCGGAUGCUCCACUUUUACACCAAACUGGGCACCUUCAAACCCAUAAAGAUGGCCGGUCUGCCUCAGGACAUCAUCGCUAUGGGAACAAGCCUGUGA